AUGGCGUCCGCUGCCUGGCCGCCAACGACGAGCUUCUAUGGCCCGAUCAGCCCCGCGAUUCUAGGAUCUGAUUGGGACGAGGUGGAAGGGGAGCCACAGGCACAACCACAACCACAAUCACAACUACAGCAGCAGCAGCAGCAGCAGCAGCAGCAGCAGCAAUUCAGACAGCAGUCUAAAAUCACUACGGCGAGCCUGAGAUCAUUGGUGCUGGAUUUUUGGGGGUUCAACGCUGCCCUGCUCGAUGAUUUCUUCGACGAUGGGGCUAGUGAGCUGUCAGGGAUGGCCACGGACGGAGGGAGCGUCGCGGGAGAUGAGGCCUCAACUGGAGAUGGAAACUUGGAGCCUCAUCCGACACAGCUCGUCCGGGAUUCCAAUGUGGGCUCUGCCGCUCCAGCAACCCGAAACAAGCGCCCGGAGACGGAGGAGAGCAGAUCAUGGUCAAGGAGAGUCGCGCGGUCCAGAGACACGAGCGCGAAUCGAUCGGAGCCCGACCGGCCGACCAACCCAUACACUGCGGCCAUUGAGGAGAAGCAAAAUGCCAUGACUGUCGAGUUCCUCCGCAGCACCGCGGGAAUUCGACCUGGCGACGCCUCCCCUAUCCCGACUCCCGAUGACCUUGGCUCUGGGCAGCGAUACAAAAUCGCCGCCGAGACGUCUUCGGUGGUCAUUAGCAACCAACGCAGACUACCCGACAUUCUCGUCGGCGAACGUGAGUGCAUUGUUUGCACCGACACCAAGCCGGUGUCGGAGUUUCCCACGGUAGGCAUCACCAAGGCAUGCAAUCACGAGCCAGCGACCUGCCUCGCCUGUGUCGCGACAUCCAUCCGGACAGACCUCAACACCCGGCUCUGGAACGAGAUCAAGUGCCCGGAGUGCCGAGAAACGCUAGAGUAUGACGACGUCCAGCGCUUUGCCGACGAGGAGACAAAAGAGCGCUAUCAAACACUCUCCUUCCGCUCCGCCGUCUCCUCCUCCCCAAACUUCCUCUGGUGCACCGCCGGCUGCGGCUACGGCCAGAUCCACGAGGGAGGGGAGUCGUCGCCCAUCGUCACCUGCCGGCUCUGCUCGCACCGCUCCUGCUUCCACCACAAGGUGGCCUGGCACGAGAACCUGACGUGCGACGAGUACGACAGCCUGCUGGCCGACCCGGUCAACUUCCGCAGCCGGUUCGACGCGGCCAACGAGGAGGCCGAGAAGGCCGCCGCCGCCCGCCGCGCGCAGGAGGACGCCGACCGCGCGUUUGCGCAGGCCCUCGCUGCCGAGGAGCGGAGGGCCCUGGUCCGGCAGAGGGCUGAGAGAGAGGAGAGGGAGAAAAGGGAGAAGAGAGAGCGCGAGAUGCGGGAACUGGCGUUGAGGAGGAAGCAGGACGAGGAGGCCAGUCUCCGUACUGUGGGUACCACGACCAAGCCAUGCCCCGGGUGCAGAGCGCCCAUUGAGAAGAACGCGGGGUGUGCAGGUGCAUUGUGCAAGUACGAAUUCUGCUGGGACUGCCUUGCCAGUCAUAGACGAAUUAUGGAGACCGAUAACAGCGCACACAAGGAGGAUUGCCCCUGGCAUCCGAACAAUCUCGAGGACUGA